AUGCUAGAUCAGUUUUUUCCUGGAAUGAUUUCUGCUAGCCAGUCUGCUUUUGUUAAGGGCAGAAGUAUUGCUGAUAAUACAUUGUUAGCACAAGAGAUAGUUAGAGGGUAUUCAAGGAAGAACCUCUCCCCUAGGUGUGCAAUAAAAGUUGACCUGCAGAAAGCAUUAGAUUCAAUUAGCUGGGAAUUUUUGUUGAAUGUUCUUGGAGCUAUGGGGCUUCCUGAUAGAUUCUGUGGCUGGAUAAAAGCUUGUGUAACAACUUCUAGGUAUUCAAUAGCUUUGAAUGGCAGCCUAGUAGGUUACUUUAGAGGUGCUAGAGGAGUAGAAUAUUCAGAUUCCAUCCAAGAUGUAAAAGGAUCUUUCUUACACAUAUCUGCUUUUUUGAUGACUUGCUAUAGUUUUGUCAUGGAUCUUUGGAUUCAAGUAGAUUUGGAGAGCAACAGGUUUUAUAUUUGGUCAACUCCUUGUAAGGUAUUUGGGGUACCCUUAGUGACUCGAAAACUCUCUGGGACAGAUUGUAAAGCUUUGUUGGAGAGGAUCAAAGACAAGCUGAGGCAUCUUAUUUUGCCUAAGGGAGUCAUCCAGGAUAUUGAAAGAUUGUGUAUGAGGUUCUUUUGGAAGGGCAAUGAUUCAUCUGCUCUAGGUGCUAGAUUCAGUUGGAACAAAACAUACUGCCUUAUGCUUGUUAAAAACAUCUUGGCUGGUGAAGGCUCUCUGUGGAUUGUCUGGAUCAAGGCUUACAGUUUUAAGCUUGAAGACUAUUGGAGUGUUGAAAGCAAGCCUCACUUCAGCUGGACUCUUAGGAAAUUGAUUAAUAUGCGUGAGGAGGCUAAGAGUCUGUUUACUGCUUCUGUUAAUUGGUCACAAGCUAGGGGAGGCUGGAUAUGGGACAAUAUUCGGGAUAGGAAUGAAAAAGUUGAAUGGCAUCGACUCAUUUGGUUCCCUGCACACAUCCCUAAGUUCUUUUUGAUUACGUGGAUGGUUAUUCUUGACAGGCUGCCUACUAAGGAAAGACUUGUUCAAUUUGCUAUGGUGACUGAUGCUAGAUGUGGAUUCUGUGGUGCUAAGCUGGAAUCGAGAAAUCACCUCUUCUCGGAAUGCUCAUACUCGAGGGAGGUCUGGGAUGCUAUACUGCAAUCUUGUGGGUUGUAG